UUAAGUCGAGUAUGUCUGUCUGGUUUUGGUGUCUGUGUAUAGGGUUAGGAAGUGUUAUGACGGUAUUUAACGAAAUGUUGUAGCAUUCGGAGAUCUACGGUCUGGCGAUCGGCAUGAGAAGUGAUCGCCACAGUUUAGAAUGAGAAGAAAUGCAUCUUUCGGUCGUUUGUUGGCACAACCCAAGUACGGCGUAAUUGUGACCUUGACCUUCUGUUCCAUCACGGUGAUCCUCAGCUUGUAUUAUUUAGAUGAACUGACACCAAAAGUUUCUCACAGGAAGUUCCUGCACACAGUCGACAGAGAUGUCAAUCUCUUUGAACAAAACAUUCCACGUUUUGACCGCGAUAUAUUAAAAAUGUCUCCCCUUGAAGAGGAGGAUAAAGAUACUGAUGAGGAUGAUAAUAAAAAACCGAAAAUCGACAGUGUCGAUAGAACAGACUUCAAAAACAGCGUCGUGGUCUGGCCGAAAGAUCACUUUGCUGUUAAACUCAGCAAAAGAAACAAUAAUAAUAAUAAUCUAAAUUUAGCUCACACCAACUGGACAAUGCUGCCUGAUGCUGUAAAGGGCAGCUUCAGGUCUCCAGUCGUUUUAAACGACCUUGAGAUAGUCGCUCACAAUGCUUCAAUUGAUCAGUCACACGGUCACAUGAUCGAGUCAAACAUUAUUUACAGACACAGGCUACAGAGCAUGAACUACAGCAAUGGUUCGGGAACGAGGCUCAAUUCAUAUCAUAACGCAACUUCCAGUGCAAACAAGAAAUAUAUCAUAUACUUAUGUACUAAGAGUAUGACUUGCUGUGGGUGGGGGGACCGACAGCACGGCAUAUUGUCGGCAUACGUUAUCUCUCUCGUUACAAACAGAAUAUUCGGGGUCGAUAUGAGCGCCCCCUGUCCACUGUCAAAUUUGUUACAUCCACGCAAAUUGAUGUGGAAGAUCAACCCAGCGGAUCUCGAGGGACUGUCGACAAAAUACAUCUACACUGUGAACGAUAAAGUCUUUCGCCAGAUGAUGGGUCAGAUCAACUUCGACGAGGUCUACCCUCAGGACGUUGUUUAUCUCACCACCAACUAUGAUUAUUUCUACUCGCUGAAGCGCAACCCCCACUACCGGAAAAUCUUCCGACAGAAGAUCACCAAACCACGACCGCUUGUCUUCGCCGAUCUGUGGCUGAACGUCUUCAAGCUGAAUAAGAGAGUGAAGCGACGUGUGACGGCCGCCAUCGCUAAAGCUCACCCUACACCAAACCAUAAACUCGUCUGUGCUCACGUGCGUUUCGGACGCAGUCCCACAAUCCCGUGGGACUCGGAGAUCCGCAACACCAUGGAGACCGUUCUGCCGCUGUGGAAUUUUUUAAGUCAUUACACCGAUCCGAGUUUUUACAAAAUCUUCAUCGCCAGUGACACUGAGAUGGUUCUGGACAAGGCGCGGCAGCUGUACCCGCAACAGAUGGUCGAGAUUAAAGGCGAUAUCAUUCAUAUAGACAAAACCAAGCACAUGGUGUCGGACCCCUGUGUGGGCUUCGAGAAGGUCCUCGCUGACCAGUACUUCUUGACUAACUGUGAUGUGCUCGUCCUCACCUACAGUGUCUUCGGCAAGAGUGCCGCGUACAUGCGCCGCUCCAACAGCAACCUCUUCUAUCUCGGAAACGGGCUCAUACAGCCUCUUAAACUCUUCAAAGACUAGGGGUCAUUCUGUGUUCUCAGUACAUAGAACAUGUCUUGGGCUCAUCCAGUCUCUAAAGCUCUUCAAAGACUAGGAAUCA